CCCUGGAGUGCCUCCCGGGUCCGCGACCGAGCGCUGCCUUCCACCUUCCUGACCCCUAGCCCUUCCUUCCCUCCUUCCCCCCAGCCUUCCGCUGUCGUUUAAGGCACCGCCGCUCCCGGAGGAGCUCCCGGCACCGUGAUGGGGUCUCGGGCCUCCACGUUACUGCGGGACGAAGAGCUCGAGGAGAUCAAGAAAGAGACUGGGUUUUCCCACAGUCAAAUCACUCGCCUCUACAGCCGAUUCACCAGCCUGGACAAAGGAGAAAAUGGGACUCUCAGCCGGGAAGAUUUCCAAAGGAUUCCAGAGCUUGCAAUCAACCCACUGGGGGACCGGAUCAUCAAUGCCUUCUUUCCAGAGGGAGAGGACCAGGUAAAUUUCCGUGGAUUCAUGAGAACUUUGGCUCAUUUCCGACCCAUUGAGGAUAAUGAAAAGAGCAAAGACAUGAAUGGACCGGAACCACUGAACAGCAGAAGCAACAAACUACAUUUUGCUUUCCGGCUGUACGAUUUGGAUAAAGAUGACAAGAUCUCCCGUGACGAGCUGUUACAGGUGCUACGCAUGAUGGUUGGUGUGAACAUCUCAGAUGAGCAGCUUGGUAGCAUUGCAGACAGGACCAUCCAGGAGGCUGACCAGGAUGGGGACAGUGCUAUAUCUUUCACAGAGUUUGUUAAGGUUUUGGAGAAGGUGGAUGUAGAACAGAAAAUGAGCAUCCGGUUUCUUCACUAAGGACACAGACCAAACUAUUCCUUGCUGUCUAGUAUUUAAGAACUGGAACUUCAAGAGUCCUCCUGUCCACCUGCCCCACCUCAUCCCUUCAUUCCCCUUCUCCUGAAGUACCACUGCUGCUGCAUGAUGACCCCAAAUGUCUGCCCUUCCAGACCCACCUUGUGUAUAAACCUGCCUUACAGAAGAGUA